AGUCUUCGGUUCAGUCCCCCCUCCCCCUCAGUCUAGAGAGAGAAAGCACAAAAUGAGAGAGAGAGAGAGAGAGAGAGAGAGGAAAUAAAAAAGAAGUGAGAAGAGACAAAGGAAAAUAGGGAGAAAAGAAAGGGAAAGGGAAAGGGAAAGGGAAAGGGAAAGGAAAAAGCAAUUGGCGGAGGCCUCAGUUUGGUUAUGGUGGAAAAUCCACUCGCGCCUGGUGCUGCUUAAGGACACAUCUGUAAUCACUGAUUUUUCUCUCUCAUCAUCAUCAUCCAUGCUUUUCCUCUUCUUCAGCUCCGGUGGUGGCUACAAUGUUCUUGAAGGCAAUAAUCACAGUGAUGGCUUCUUUGGCGGUGGCGGUGGAUUUUGGGCGGAGACGGCGGCUUCGAAUGCCGGAGUAGCUUUCGUCGUUACGGCCUUGGCCGGACUUGCUUUGGCCGCCUCCGUGUUUUACUUUAGUAGGUAAAAGGGGAACAAAAAAAAAAAAAAGAAUUAACUGAAGUAUAGAACUGAGCACGCAUUGAAACCCUAGAAAUUUGGUAGAGUUGUUCACAGUAAAAAGUAAUUCUAUAUAUAGAUGAAAGCCCUCCGACGAAGCCAAACUUCGUCGCCUUCGUCUUCAAAUCCCUCUUCACCGUCUUCAUCGUCGUCGUCGUCGUCGUGGAUUCAUUUGCGAUCGGCUUUAUUCGUUAUAGCAUCCUCCUCACCAGCUUCUUGUUCUUCUUCUGAUCGGGGUAAUCUCAAAUCGCCGUGGUCCCGCAGGAAAAGAAAACAUGCCCUUUCACCUCAGCAAUGGCGAAGAUUGUUUACACCAGAAGGAAAACUUCGUGAUGGUGGUGUUAAAUUUCUGAAGAAAGUCCGCAGUGGAGGUGUUGACCCAAGUAUCAGGGCAGAGGUUUGGCCAUUCCUCCUUGGAGUCUAUGAAUUGAAAAGUUCCAAAGAAGAAAGAGAGAUUUUAAGAACUCAAAAGAGAAAGGAAUAUGAGAAACUACGGAGACAGUGCCGCCGACUUCUAAAACAGAGUGAUGAGGGCAACAAGUUAAAGGAAAAUUUUGGAAUCAGCAGUCAUGGUGACAGCGGGAGUUUAAUUGAAGGUACGGAUUCUCCUGACUCUGAAGAUGUGGUCAGUGCCAGAGAAUCCCUCUCUAGUGAAGAAAGGAGCUCAGAUAUGGAGCACUUGGACAAUGCUACCAAUGCAUUGCUGGAAGGAGAUGCUGGUUCUAGACGAGUCACAGAUCCAUAUGCUGCAGAUAGCGAAUCAUCAGACUCAGACUCCUCUGAAGACCCCGAUAUCAGUCAAACUUUUCCUUCCAUGGAAAGCCAGGAGGAAAGUGAUCGUGACAUGCUUUCCAAAGACGAUUCUUCUGCCUCCAAGGCGGAGGUCCAGUCAAAACCCCAAACCACAGAAGAUUUUGUCACAUGGCAGCGCAUCAUCCGGCUUGAUGCAGUUCGUGCCAAUGGUGAAUGGAUGGCAUACUCCCCAACUCAGGCUGCAGUGUCGGAUGACCGUGCACGCCAUUCUGCUGAGGCUGUUGGCUUAAAGGAUUGCGAUCACCUGGAGCCAGGCAGGAUCUUCCAUGCUGCUCGAUUAGUUGCCAUUCUUGAAGCCUAUGCGCUUUAUGACCCUGAAAUUGGCUAUUGCCAAGGGAUGAGUGAUUUACUCUCUCCAAUAAUCGCAGUGAUAACCGAGGACCACGAGGCUUUCUGGUGUUUUGUUGGUUUCAUGAGGAAGGCUCGACAUAAUUUCAGGCUUGACGAGGUGGGUAUCAGAAGGCAACUAAAUAUCGUUUCUAAAAUUAUAAAAUCCAAAGAUUCUCAUCUUUACAGACACUUGGAGACGCUCCAGGCGGAGGAUUGUUUUUUCGUGUACAGGAUGGUUGUGGUACUCUUCAGGAGGGAAUUAACUUUUGAGCAGACACUGUGUCUCUGGGAGGUAAUGUGGGCAGAUCAAGCAGCAAUCAGGGCUGGGAUCGGAAAGUCUGCAUGGAGCCGUAUAAGGCAACGAGCCCCACCAACAGAGGAUCUGUUGCUUUAUGCCAUUGCAGCUUCUGUAUUGCAGAGGAGGAAACAAAUCAUACAGAAGUAUAGUAGCAUGGAUGAGAUCUUAAGGGAGUGCAAUAGCAUGGCCGGGCAUCUCGAUAUCUGGAAGCUUCUAGAUGAUGCUCAUAACUUGGUGGUGACUCUCCAUGACAAGAUAGAUACACCUUUUUAAUGGCUGCCUUUGGAAACUUUGAUCAGCUUAAUUAUCAUCUUUGUUUCCACUAAUUCGGGUUAUUUUUCGGGGGUAUGGGCUCGAAGUCAGUAUCGUUUUACUUCAGACAAGCAUUAUGAUAGUAUGUCUUCCAAGUGGUUUAUGAAGUUCUAAUUGCUCUGCUUCGGAGGAUCAAUUGUAGGAUGUGGCAGUGUCUGAAACACCGAGGUUUUUAUUAUUAUUUGUGUUGUAUUAUGGCUCCUUUAUAUGAGAUGAGGGAUAUGAUCUUCUCGAGUAUGGGCCGAGGCUGGGGCUUGUGCUCACUCACUCAGUAGCCCGCAUACCAUUUCAGAUUUACAAAAUAAAAUAAUCAGUAGAUUCUUAAAUUUACUUUAUUGUUGCUC